CCCAGGAAGCCUUUCCUCCUCACUCUUUCCCUCCAAGAAAAACAAACCCCCAAACUGUCUGCAUCUGACCUCAGCCAACCAUGGCUGCCAGGUCGUCGGAUGGGCUUCGUCUCCUGUCCGAUGUCAACAUCCCAGACGCAAGAUUACAUGACGACUCAUCCGGCGAGGACGAUAAAAGCGUAAUCGAUCUGCGCGAUCUCGGUCCGGGGCCACGCGAUUCGUUUCGUAGUGACUUGACCGAUACACCACCCAAAGGUGUCGAUCAUGGCGAUCAACCUCAUCCUCUGCCACUGCCGACCAAUAAACCCAGGCGUCGGUGUUCGGGUCUCUUCGUCACUCUUAUCGUACUGGGCGUGUACACUACCAUCCUGUCCGGCGUCUUCUUCGUCGUCGCGUGUAUUAAACCCUACUAUGGCAGUUUGAUCGGCAACAAUGCCGGACUCACUGCCUCGUCCGCAUCUUUGCUGAGCGCCCUGUUGGCCAAGACGAUCGAGCUAUCCUAUGUCACAGUUUGUGUUGCAUUCCUGGGCCAGCUGUUGAGUCGGCGGGCUCUCGCGCAUGGGUCCGAGGGUGUCAGCAUCGCUGACAUGACGCUGCGAACCUGGAUCACGCAGCCGGGGUCGCUGCUGAUGCAGUGGGAUGUGCUGCGCUAUGUCGGGUGGACGACACUUGGUGGGUUGACGCUAAUUGUUGCUCUGGUUGCAAUGCUGUACACCACUGCUGCUGAAGCCCUAGUUUCUCCAAGCUUGGUCAUGGGCCCCAUCCAGCCCCGACUUCUGCAGGGAAAUGUCUUCACCGAAUACUCCAACCCUUAUUACUUAGAAGACGCCUGCCAGACUCCAAUCACAGUCGAUGUUGACCCGACACACUGGAAUGAGACCUGUCUGGAGAUGGAGAUAGCCGGCCGCUCAUACCACGACUACUAUCAAUACCUGCAAGGUUGGGCCGAAAUGCUGAAAGCUGGAAAUAGCACCUCAACCGCCCUUCCUUAUCGCCCGCAGCCGCAUGCCUUGCUAUACGACAACACAACAGUGACCGGUCGCUGGAUCGAAAUCGUCAACACAACCGCCCUAUCCGAACAACAUGGUCGCGUCGUCAACAAUGUCACUGCCGCCUACCCGCACGGAGGCCUCUUCGCCGCUGCACGCAACCCCGCGAAUAAGAUCCAACAGCCCGUUGACAUGUCUGGAGAGGGCAAGUACAUCAUCCAAGCCUCUCUCCCAUCGCCUGCUAUUAAUGUGAUGUGCGUCGGCAUGUCGCAUGACGAGCUGAAACCCCUCAUCUACACCGAGUGGCCCAACCAUAAGCCCUUUAACGCAUCGACGUGGGCAACCGCCGCACCAACAUACUCGAUCAACACGAACCGCACUGUCGUCGAUGACCUCUUCGGCUUCAGCGAAGACCAAGGCGCGCCAGUCUUCCCCAUCUACCCGAAAUCCUACAACACCAUUCUGAACCCCAAAGUCGACAACACAACCUCCAUCUACAUAUUAGGCAGUGCACCUCCAGGUCACGAUCCGAAGUACGUCCUCUGCGGACUGCGCGGGAAGCUUUCAGGUCGCUGUUCCGUGCAGUACCAGGUCGAUCCGAGCGGCGGCGAUUUGAGCUCACGCUGCGAAGACGCUGCCGACAGGCUCCAGUACAACCGGAUACAUCCUAACACGUCGGAGGAUCAGUACCUGAUAAAUUGGAAAAGCGUGGCAUGGGAGUGGGCCGACACGGUGACUCUCGCGUCAGGCAUCCAGGGUGACGACGCCGCUAUUGAACGCACGCUAAUGGAGUUGGUCCCGAGCUUUGAUAACACCACUAAUAGUUCUUCACUGGAUCCUCGACUUCCCUCGGUCAGUGAGGCUUUGGCUGUCUUAGCAGGGAGUACCGCCCUACUCGGUAGUCAGUACUCUCCAUUUGUUCCCGAUUGGAAUUACUCCGAGCCAAGCCUCGAUACUCCUGUCGUGCAGGUAUUCAACGCGACACUGCAGUCUGCGGGCUAUGCGUCUGGCCGGACGAGUGACUGGCAGCAGGUGUUCUAUGUCAUUCUGGCUGUGGUCUUCCUGACAAAUAUCAUGUGUCUGGGGUUCAUUCUCUUCCAGGGACGCGGGCAGUUGGUAACAGAUUUCACAGAACCACCGAAUCUGUUCGCUUUAGCUGUGAACAGUCCGGGAACUGUGCAUGCGUGGUCUGGAGCGCAGCUGGGAGCGGCGGGGACUCCGCGUUUGCGCGAUCGAUGGCAUGUCGAUAUGCGCGAGGAGAGCGGGCAUUAUUAUAUUCGUACCCGCGGACAGUUGCAGCACUUUGAGGAUAGGGCGGCAAACUAAUGGAUAUGAUGUGAUGAUGUGAGGGUGGUUGGAGCUUUUCAUUUAUAUUUACUGCAUUGCAGGUGUUGGCGAAUAGCGUUUAUUGCAUUGGACAAAUAGUAUUGUAAUAAUGAAUCGAG